AUCGACCAAGAAGGAUUGGGGUUGGCUUCAACCGCCGACUUGUGGUGACCGCACAUAGUUCAACUUGGGCUCGUUCGAUCACAUGGGUCUGCUCACGCUCCUCCGCAAGCUCAAGAAAGAUGACUCGGAAGCGCGCAUCUUGGUGCUGGGCCUGGACAACGGCGGCAAGACUACGAUCCUGAAGAAGCUGUCCGAAGAAGACAUCAGUCACAUCAUGCCCACGCAGGGAUUCAACGUCAAGAGUCUCCAAGUGGACGGGUUUAAGCUCAACAUGUGGGACAUUGGCGGGCAAAAGACUAUUCGCCCGUACUGGCGGAACUACUACGAACAAACGGACGCGUUGAUUUACGUGAUUGACAGCGCAGACCGCCGCCGCUUGGAGGAAACGGGCAUCGAGCUGAACGCGCUGUUGGAAGAGGAGAAGCUCAGUGCGGCUUGUUUGCUCGUGUUUGCCAACAAGCAAGACUUGCUCAAUGCAUUGCCCGCCUCGGAGAUUUCAACGGCAUUGAACCUCAGCUCCAUCCGCAACCGACCGUACCAAAUCCAAGCGUGCUCGGCCAAGACGGGAGAAGGGUUGCAAGAAGGUAUGGAGUGGAUAGUCGGCAAGGUUGGCGAAGAGCGUGGUCGCGAAGCCAAGUAAAGUGAAGGUGUACUGUACCUCGGUCCCUUGAAAUUUCAAUAACAAUGCAUGGUCAUAAACUGGU